CAUUCGUUCCGGCUCGUUUUCCAGCAAGACAAAGAAAGGCCGUCCAUGGACGCCGCGGCGUUGCUGUUGCCUCUGCUCCUCCAGCUGUUCCUGGCAGCCGAGUGCGCCCGGGUCGCCACGUACCUUGGUGACGCGCACGUGGCCGAAGGUGACAGCUUCUUCGUGGCCUGCGUCACCGAGCCCCACACCUCGCCCGACUGGCACAAGGACGGGCUGCCGCUACCUUCCUGGGGCCACUUCCUUUUCCACGAGGACGUCACCGACAGCGGGAGAAAGAUGAACACCCUGUACGUCGCGCACGCUCAGCCUGGCCAUUCGGGCGACUACUCCUGCGGUAUCAACCUCCGCGACGCACACCGACUAAGCGUGCUGCCUUCGCCACCGCCUGGCAGCAGGCUAUUGAGCAGUGACGUCCAGCGAGACUGCCAUCAUCUGUCGCCGAACAGGUCGCUGGAGAUUUCGUGCGAGCUAUCCGGCACAGGCCGCUCGGUGACUUGGUACAAGAACGACGAGGCGCUGCGCCAGGGCUUCCGCGAGCGCUACGUCGUCGAGCCGGGACGCUUGAUCAUCCACGACGCGCAAGUCUCGGAUGCCGGCACCUACACGUGCCUGGGCAGCGGCGGCGCCGGCCUCAGCGUCAGCGUGGCCGCGCCGAUCGCCAUCGAACCGAUGCCGGCCUACCAGAAGGCCAGGGUGAACAAAUCCUUCAGCAUCAUGUGCAAUAUCGACACCCAGCCACCUCCGCGCGUCUCGUGGUUUCUCGGAGACGCGCCACUUACGCCUUCGGAUCGGCUUCUCCUGUCGCCUGGGAAGAACGGCGUCGAGAACGCCAAGCUCACUAUUCGCCGCGUCUCUCUUCAGGAUCGCAACAGGUACACGUGUCGAGCGGCGCACAUGCACUGCAGCGACCGGCUCGCCUCCCAGGUGUCCACCCAGCUUCUGGUCAGCGCCCUCGCCAUCACCACCAACGAGGAGACCAUCGGCAGCGGCGUCACCAUCGACCCGAGCGAGCCGUUCGUGCUGAGCUGCGACUCGGGCCAGCAGAGCGUUCCGGUCAAGUGGGAGAAGGAAGGGGACGGCCCCAUAGCCGACGACGACGCGCGGCUCAAGGUCCUCGAAAACAUGACCACGUGGAGCCUGACCAUAGAGAAGCCGACCGUCGGAGACGCCGGCCUGUACAAGUGCACGGCCGGAGCGGACGCGGUCUCCAUCAACGUCUUCUUCAAGCUUUCGGCCACUCUGAGCGAGCGGCACUCGACCGCGCCCUCGGCCUGGGUUGAGAGCAAGGAGGCGUUCAUCGCGGUCGCCGUCGUCGGCUACCCCAAGACGUUCACUCUGGUCUGGACCAAGGACGGCGAGCCGCUGCUCGUCGACGAGCGCGUGACCUUGGAGAAGUUCGAGGAGGUCGACGACGCCUUGCUCCGCUUCAAGCAGCUCACGACGGAAGACGCCGGCAAGUACGUGUGCAAGGUGGACAACACCAAGGAGAGCGUCGAGUUCGAGCACACGGUCGAGGUGAAGGGCAAGUACGCGGCGCUGAUUCCUUUCGUCUGCAUCUGCGUCGAGGUGGCCGUACUGUGCGCCAUCAUCUACUCGGUGGAGAAGAAGGCGCUCAGUGACGCCAUGCGGCCCCCGGCGUCCGCGGCCAGCGUCUCGGAACCGCCGCCCGCCUCGGCGGAGCCCGGGGCGGAAGGAGCCGCGGGCCAAGAAGGGGCGGAACACGAGCCCGGACACGAGGCCCAGCCGCUGCCGGAGUGUCCAGACGGUGCAGUUGCGGCACCCGACGCGAACCCUGCUGUGGAAUAGCCUCCCGAAGCAGCCGCGCAGGCGGGCGUCCCGCCAUAGUACAGUGGCUAGUAACUCUAUAGGCGGCCUUUAUCGCGGCGCAGGGCAGCUCCCGAUAAACUAAAUAAACCUAGCCCUGCGCUGUCGACUCAAACAAGAUGUGGUCUUCUCUUUUAUCCUGAGGUCUUGCCCGAUUAUUGGCCGCUGAAGAAACUGCGCAACAAGCUCAACACAUGCGGUAAUACUUUAAAGAAAAGAAACGUUAUUCGAUGCGUGUCUAGGAUUCAUCCUGUGCUGUCGAAAGGAAUCUUUAGUGGGUAGCAAAGGUGGCUGUGUGGCUCGUUGCACACGUGCUACAGGAACGCGUGGAGCGCCACGUUCAUUCAAUCUUUGCAAUGAGUGUCGCUUGACAAGUGCGUUGCCGCGUUGCUUAAGCACUGCGUAUUCCUCAAUUUUAGUUGGUGUAUAAAACAUAUGGCCCACAGCUUUUCUGACGUCUCUCCAGACUCGGAGUGAUAUACUGACGUAUCAGCGCUGUUCCUUUCGUCAAAGCGCACGACGUUCGCACUUUGUAGUGAAGCUCUCUAUUUUGUUCGUAGGCUGUUCAUGCAAGUUCAUGUACAAGUGAUGUCCAAGGCUGUUAACGUGAUUUAUUUGCCUUUGUUGUGGAUGCGCAUCAGUUUAUUCGGGAGUUUAUUUUUGUCUGAAAGCGUCGUUGUACUUGAAACGAAACUAAAUUUGCUGUACUUCCUUCGA